UUACAAUGUAUAUGUCAUCUGAUGCAAUCGAUGCAUACAGUAUUGCGACAUUGGCCGGCGCACCAUAUGCGCAAUUGUUAUCACAAUCAUUAAUUACCUGGCCAUUGGUAUUUUUUCUAUUUACAUUACCUGCAGCAAAUUUACUUAUCAAUUUAGGCUAUGUUUCGGGUGCUGGACCUGUGUUAACAUUUGCCCGUAUUGCACCAAUAGCUUCCGGUAAAUUAUUAUAA